UCUGAUGAUAUCCAGUACUGGCCAAGAUGUAUCGCGUGUUGGUUCUAUUCCUUUUAAUCGCCAGCGAUUCGCUGGCUCAAAAUUCAGAAUGGUGGAGAGACACCUUUGUCUACCAAAUCUACCCGCGAAGUUUCAAAGACAGCAACGGCGACGGAAUUGGAGACCUAAAUGGAAUCACCUCUAAAUUAGACCAUCUAGCAGAUUUAGGAAUUAGCGCACUAUGGCUGUCGCCAAUUUACACCAGCCCUAUGGUAGAUUUCGGGUACGACAUCGCCAACUUCACCAACAUCGACAGUAUCUUCGGAACACUUAGUGACUUCUCAAAACUAGUCACCAAAGCCAAAAGUCUAAACCUCAAAGUAGUUUUAGACUUUGUUCCCAACCAUUCUUCAGACAAGCACGCUUGGUUUCCUAAAAGCGUUCAGAAGGUCAAGCCCUAUGACGAGUACUACGUCUGGCGGGACGCCAAGAUGGUCAACGGAACCCGCCAGCCGCCCAAUAACUGGCUGAGCGCCUUCCAAGGGUCAGCUUGGGAAUGGAACAACGUCAGGAAGCAGUACUACCUCCACCAAUUCGCCGCAGGACAACCUGACCUUAACUACAGAAGCUCUGCUCUUCAAGAAGAGAUGAAGAACGUUCUCCGCUUCUGGCUGAAGCUUGGCGUGGAUGGAAUUCGAAUUGACACCAUUCCAAAUUUGAUUGAAGACUCUAGAUUCCUUGAUGAGCCUAAAAUACCUAACACUGGGCUUCCAGACACUGAUCCUGGAACUCUUCAGCACAUCUACACAGCAGACCAAGACCAGACUUAUGAUAUCUUGAAAUCCUGGAGAGAAGUCCUGGAUUCCAGCAACGGGACCAAGAAGAUCAUCUUGACAGAAGCUUGGACCAGCUUGCCUUUAACAAUGAAGUACUACACCUACGGAUCCAAUGUCCCGUUCAAUUUCAUGUUCAUCAAUCAACUAGGUAACUAUUCCACGCCUUUAGAUUUCAAGCGGAUCAUUGACCGGUAUUUAAACAGCAUACCUCCUGGUCAGCAAGCCAAUUGGGUGGUUGGUAAUCAUGAUAGUCACAGAUCUGGUUCAAGGUACGGUGAGCAGCGAGCCAACCAGAUUCCGAUGCUAGCAGCAGUCCUUCCAGGAGUUGGUGUUCUUUACAACGGAGAUGAGAUUGGUAUGAUUGACAGACAACUAACUUGGGCUGAAACUGUUGAUCCUGCUGGAUGCAACGCAGGACCUGGAAGGUACAAUGUUACUUCUAGGGAUCCUGAACGGACUCCCUUCCAGUGGGAUGGUACUAAGAACGCUGGGUUCACUUCAGGCAACAAAACCUGGCUGCCAGUUCAUCCUAAUUACAAGACACUGAAUCUGGCUGCGCAGAAAGGGGUUAGUACGUCGCAUUACGGAGUUACCAAGCAGCUAGUGCUGCUGAAGAAGGAUCAGAUCAUCAGAACUGGAUCCACCCAAUUGGUGGUUAUUGGAAAUGAAGCUCUAGGAGUAGUUAGAAGGUUGGAUUUCUCAAGGACGGUGGUUUUGCUGAUCAACUUUACGGAGAAGCAGCUUAAGGUUGAUGCUAGCAGCUGGCUGAACAUUCCUGAGGUCAUGAGUGUCUAUGUUGCUUCAGUAGGAUCCAAGAUUGUGCCAGGUUCACGUGUUAAUACUGGUGGUAUUAAUUUACCCGCUGCGGCGUCUAUUAUUCUCAAGUAAUCGAUAGUUUUAUGUAAUUGGAAUUUGAAUAAAGAAUUGUGCUAUUGAAA